AUGAACUUCGGUGCCCUUCUUGGUCUGUUGACCUUUGCCGCGGCAGUCUCCGCGGAUUCAAAGGCUCAGGGAUCCCCUUCUUCGGAUUUCAUCGCCAAUCUGAAGAGCAAGAUCAAGAAUGUUGUCAUCCUGGAAAUGGAAAAUCGCUCUGUGGACAACUUGCUCGGCGGACAGACUAUUAAGGGUCUGGAGAACCCUAUCAACAACGGCCCUUUCUGCAACCCGUACAACUUGACCGAUGCUUCCGCUGGCACGGUGUGCAGCUCUGCUAAGGACUUUGACUCUGUUCUGGAUGAUCCAGAUCACUCGGUGACUGGAAAUAAUAUUGAGUUCUAUGGCACUUUUGCCCCCAGCAAUGUCCACAUUGCUCAGGGCAAGCUCACGCCCAGUCAGCAUGGCUUUGUGCACGAGCAGCUGCGCAGCUAUGGUGACGAUGCCGACAAGGCUUAUUUGGCCAAGCAGGUCAUCAACUACUAUAUUGAGGAUGAGGUGCCGGUAAUGACCGAGCUCGUGCAGAACUACCUUACCUUCAACCACUGGCAUUCGGACCACCCCGGCCCAACCAACCCUAAUCGGGCAUUUGUACUCUCAGGCACGUCCGCCGGCCACGGCACCAAUGAUAAUGCCUUCGACGUAAAUGUCCACGGUCUCACUCAACGUUCCAUCUUCCAGCAGCUCUCGGAGACCAACCACACCUGGAAGAACUACUACACAAGCCCGAAUAUGGUUGACGCCUACUUCUUCGACUGGACCUUCACAAGUGGCAAUGCCGACAAAGCAGUCCCCCUGAGUGAUUUCUACACCGAUGCGGCAGCCGGCAAGCUCCCAGAAUUCUCCUUCGUCGACCCCAACUGCUGCGGUGUGGGCACAAACUCCAUGCACCCAACCGGCCUCGUCUCCGAGGGUGAAUUACUCAUCAAGAAUGUCUAUGACGCAGUCCGCUCCAGCCCGCAGUGGGAGGAGACGCUUAUGAUUCUCACCUUUGAUGAGACUGGCGGUUUCCACGACCACGUCCCGCCCCCACUGGCUACUCGCCCGGAUGACCUAACCUACACCGAGACAGCGCCAAGCGGCGAGAAGUAUACGUUCCCCUUCGAUCGUCUCGGUGGUCGUGUCCCGACUAUCUUGAUCUCGCCGUGGAUUGCCAAGGGUCAGGUCGAGCAGAAGGGCACUAACUCGGAUGGCAAGACCGUUUCUUACUCUGCAUCCUCCAUUCUGCGCACCCUUGGCUACCUUUGGGAAUUUGAGCCUUUCACGCCUCGUGUGAAAUCCUCGCCUUCGUUUGAGCAUCUGAUUCAGAAGACAGCGCGCACUGAUACCCCUCUUACGAUGCCGGUGCCUAAGGCCUUUAGAAAGACAGAGAUUUAG